AUGACGAAGACUUUUCUUAAGAACAUUAUAAAAGACGAUAUUAGAGUUUCAACUAAGCAGAAAUCAGCUGCUGACAUUCAAGAUUUGUUUUUCAGAGAGUAUCAAGUUGACCUCAGCUACCAUCAAGCAUACCAUGGACUGAAAUAUUGCAAAGAAUAUAUUUGGGGAGAUGAUAUCAAGUUGUAUUCUGACUUCUUGUGGUAUGAAGAAGCUGUGAAGCAUUAUAAUCCUGGAAACGUUAUCAACUUUCAGUUUAAUGCUCAAACCGACAGUUUGAGAGAUGCUAUGUUUCUUACUGGAAAGUUCAUGGGUGGUCUUAUGGUAGCUUGUGGGGAAAAUGGCAACCAAGAGAUAUUUCCAGUUGCCUUUGGGAUUGUUUGUAGUGAAAAUAGUGAUAAUUGGCGCUGGUUACUGGAAAGUUUGAAGGGAAUUGUCGAUGUUGAUCGUCCGUUGACCAUCAUAUAUGAUCGUGGAACUGGACUUUUGAACACUGUUCCUGAAAUCUUUCCGAAUUCUUUUCACUCAUAUUGCUCGUACCAUAUGAAAGGAAAUAUUCCAGUUAGCAAAGGCAGGAGUAGACAAACUGAUAUUAAGUUGUUUGAGCAAUGCUACAGUGUUGUCACCAAGGAGCAAUUUUUGAAGGCAGUAUCAAGCAUGGUAAAUAUGAAGUUGUUCUCUGUUAUUGAGUGGAUGAAGAAGAUCCCACUGAAGAACUGGGCUGCUCAUGAGUUUCUUGGAAGGUAUGGAGAACUUACAUCCAAUGUAGUUGAAAGCUUUAAUAGUUUUCUUAGGCACGAAAAGCAACUGAAAGUCAUCGAGUUGAUUGAAUGUAUUCGUGCUCGGACAAUGGAGACAAUGUGGAAGAGGAAGCUUGCAUCUAGCAAGUGGACUGCAAUACUUACCCCUAAGAUGCAAGCAAGGUUAGACAAGAGGAUAACUGACUGUCGUAGAUACAAGGUGCGUCGAGACAGUGAAAAAGUAUUUGAGAUCAUAACUAAUACCGGGAAGCAUACUGUCGACUUGGACUCCCGGACCUGCACUUGUCAGUGGUGGAAAAAACACAGCUCCCCUUGCAGUCAUUCCGUGAAAGCUAUGGUGCAGAUUGGUGAGGAAGAGGUAUACAACCACAUCACAUCUUACUACAUUGUCGAAUACUACAAAGGUAUGUAUGCAAAACCUAUUUAUCCCAUUCCUGACGAAGACAAGCCGGAUGAGAUUUCUCUUACUAAAUAUGUCAUUCCUCCCCCUGUUGGACCACACGUUGGAAGACCAAACUCGGUUCGUAAACACAGUUACCGUGAGAAAUUCCGCAAGAAGAGAAAUUGUGGCCAUUGUGGAAUGCUUGUAUACCAUAAUCGUAGAACAUGUCGGAGUGCUCCAUUGGCCCCUAGCCCACCAAUUUUCAAGGAUCAGCCAAGGAUUGGAAGGUUUUACAGAAUGAUGUUCCUAUGA